AUGGACCCCACCGACAUCGAAACAAAAACUCUCCUGGCAUGGGAAAACCACGCGAAAGCAUGGGACGAGCUGAUGGGCGAUAACGGAAAUGAAUACUUCUCGGUGCUGGAGCUGCCUAUUCUUGAAAGAAUUGUUAUACCACGUCAAGGCGCCCGUGCACUGGACCUUGCAACGGGGAAUGGGCUUGUUGCGCGAUGGCUCGCAAAAGAGGGCGCUUCAGUUGUGGCGACAGAUGCGUCCAGGCCGAUGCUGGAGCGUGCCACGGCGAGGACAGAAAGUUGGUAUCAACAGGGAAAGUUGAGUAGGGAGCGGAAAAUUUCGUUUGAGGUUUUGAAUGCUGCAAGCAUAGAUGCUUGGGAGGAUUUUAUAUCGCAGUCUCUAAUCCCGACCGAAAAAUUCGAUAUCAUUACGUUGAACAUGGGUAUCAUGGAUAUUCCUGAUUUGAAGCCACUAGCUUCAGCCUUGAAGUGUCUUUUGAAGCAGGAUGGCUGCUUCGUAGCCACGAUUCUUCAUCCAUUAUUUUUCACCUCUGGCGCAUAUCGCCAGAUUACCUUCCAUGGAAACCCAAUGACCGGUCAACAGGAGAUCACCCGCUCGAUCAUAUUGGAAAAGUAUCUUGACGUCCCACCAGCACGACAGCUUCUCUUCUCUGAAGACGAGAACAUCCCACCACCGUUUUCUUUCCAUCGCCCUCUCCAUGAGCUCUUUGCGCCAUUCUUCCAAGAAGGUCUAGUUCUCGACGCACUGGAAGAGACGAACUUCGAUGAAUCGUUCGUAGAUUAUGAACGAGAACGCUCGUCAAAGAACUUCUUGCAGUUUCCGAAGAUCCUAGGGUUCAGAAUCAGGCGGGCUUCACUACCCCUGGUUGACUAA